AUACAUCAGUGUGACGUACCGUCGUAGCGCUGCCUGUCGCCAUUCACUUCCUAACUGUGAAUCAAGACGGCGUCCCGAGCCCGUCACUGAUCCCGUCCACGGGAGCAGCGUUUCAAAAAAAAAAAAAGCGACUAAAUUGGAAAAAACCAUCAUCCAAUAGUGUACACCUGAACUGUGCGUUGGCGUGCGGGUGCCAUGUCAGCGAUCAACUAGCCGCUAGUGAAGUAGUGAAGAAAGCAUCCAGUGUUAUUGUGUGCGUGUGUGCUAGGGCGUCUUGCCCGUAUAUCGCCCUCAAAGAUGGACGUCGAGCUACCGGAACUUUUGUUUUUCGACACAUUUUCGCACGAUACGUACGAGCAAAAUCUGGAUCUGGUGCAGUUCCCGAAACCGGUUUACAUUACGGAGGUACGCAUCAUCCCGCUCGGGGCGCGGGUUCACGCUGACUUUCCCGGCGGUGUACGGUUGGGCGCUACCAACCCGUCGAACUUCCACAUCCAGCUGUACGUGAACGAUCUGGGCAAACCGGGCGCACCGAUCUUCGAGAGUCUCGGCGAGCUCGAGUACAACCAGAACAAUUGCAUCCACUUGCAAUGCGGGAUCGGUGCCGGUGGUUCGGUCGAGGAGUUUGUGCGCCGCAUCCCGACGGACGGGUUGGUGCUGAAGGGCUGGUACACGACGAUGACGCUCGCGGUGUACGGCAUCCUGACGACGAACAUUGCCGAACCGAUUGUGUCGCCACGCGAAACCACACCCCAACCGAACGAGCAGCUGCUGGUGGUGCCGGAUCAUCACCAUCAUCCGCACCUGCUGCACCACCACCACCACCACCAUCACCAUCUGCAUCAUCAUGGGGCGGGCAGUGGUGGCAUUGCGGAACCGACGUGCGGUGGGGGCGACUGGAUACAGGAACCACCGCUACCGGGGCUCGUAUCGACGGCCGAGACGGUGUUUGUGCAGAAGGAGUAUCCGGAGGACGAUAGCGAGGAUGCGCCGAAGGAUCCGCGACCGUACGCGCGACGGGUGGCGGCUGCAGCUGCUGCCGUCCUCUCGCACCCACCACUACCCGCGAGUGCUGCGAGCCCACCGGAACCGAUCUACGAACCGUUGGAGGCGGGGAAAAUACUUCCCGGCGAUUGUGAACCAUCGUUGCCGGAAAAGCGGGCCAAGGUGUGUAUGCCCAGCGGGCGACCGGCUGAACCGGUGGCCCCACCGUACGCGUACGAACGAUCGCCCCGGCUCCGGCGGCACAGCAGCCGGGAAGAGUUUUCAUCGCGCUCGCCGAGCCUGUGCAAGGAUUACGGACCGAUGUCGGUUGGGGGUGGGGGUAUAAGCAAGCAGCAACGCGACCAGUGGUCACGCAGUCCGGACUAUGUGGAACAGCAGGCACCACUGCCCGCUCAUCCGCCGCUACCCCCACCCACCCCAUCUGGGUCCUCAUCGUCGGCCUCGGUUUCGCAUCGAUCGUCGCGCCGGCUGCGAAGCGGUUCGUACGACCGGAUGCGCCGCGAACCUUCGUUCGAGCGGAUGGAGAAGGAGGACCGGCGGCAUACGAUGCGGCCCCGUUCACCGAUCGACUCACCGCGCCGGCCUCGCUCACCCGAUCGCAAUGAAUCGUCACCCGACGAGGAGGAAGACGAUGAGGAGGAGGAGGAGGAGGUGGUGGAUGAUGUGGAUACCGUGGACGAGGUGGAGCUCGAUGAUGAUAUCGAGAUGGACGGUAGCUUCCAUCGGGCGAAUAGCAGCAAGUACGGUGGAAAGCAUCGUAUGCACACGAUGGAACCGUCGAUUGAUCCGAUCCGUAUGCCGCCACAGCAGCAGCCAUCGCAAUCGAUGAAGCAGCAUUCGUCUUCCUCUUCCUCGUCCUCCAGCCGCGGUUUGUCGCAGCACCAGUCGCAUUCACACCACCAUCAACAUGCGCACCAUCACUAUCAACACGGCCAUUCGCAUCACCAUCAUUCCAGCCAGCAUCAACACUCUUCCCAUCACCACCACCACCACCACCACCAUCAACAUCAACAGCAGCAGCAGCAGCAGCAGCAGCAACCGGAACGGGUCAUUUCAUCGCCACCACCACAACAGGCGCAACUACCGUCCGCCGUGUGUGACGCCGUGUCCGUUUCGCUCACGCCCGUUGCCUCACCGACGACGGUCGCUUCCACCACCGUGCCGGACGAGGAUGCCAUCUCCGUGACGGAACAGUUCGAGCCGAUUCUGAGCGAUGAAGAGAUUCCGGAAGACUUUGACUUCGAACCGGAAGGGGCAGCUAUCGGAGGAGGAGGAGGUGGAGGAGGAGGAGGGUCAGGCAGUGGAGGCGGAUCCAGUGGAUACGAAACGGUCGAUGAGCCGGUGGUCACCAAACAGUUUGACCCGUUCACCACGACACUGGAGCGUUACGUACCGCCGGGCUGUGCCGGUGAUCGUGCGGCCGAGCUGUUACGCUAUCUGGGCCAUGGCGAGCAGAAGCUGUUGCGGCAAUUCGAGCAACUGCUAACCCAGGACCGGUACGGCCGGGAAGCGACGGGUGCGUUCGAGCAGGAAAGCGCCGAAUGGAAGGAGCGGUUCGUCGAUCAUACCGAGCAGCUGGUGCACGUGCUGGGCCAGCUGUUGGCGAAGGAUGACGUACGGGACGCGCUUCACCAGCAGCUGGACAGUUGGAUACAGGCCGGCUGGGUGGGCGUUACCGAUCGGCUCGUGAACUGCGUGUGCGUGGGGCUAGAUUUCGACCGUGCGAUGGUACAACCGCAGCCGGCGUACAAACUGCGCCACAUGAAGAGUGGCAUCCGGUUGGCCGAGUUUCUCGGUUCGCACGAAUCGUUCGUCGGGCUGCUGCUCCACACCCGGGACCAUUUCAAUCUGUUCGAUCGCCUGCUCGGGCUGUACUCGCAACCGCACAUGGCGCUCUCGAUCAAGCUGAUGAUAGUGCGCACGAUCUACGCGUGCCUCGAUACGCGCACCGCCAUCCACUACUUCCUGUCGCCGUCGUACAACGGGUAUCAAGUACUGCUCGAUCUGCUGCAGGAGAAUCCAUCGACGCGGUUAAGCUUUGCGCUUAAAUCGUUGCUGCGCAAAAUUUCACUGUACGAAAACCUCGAGCUCAUCCACGGCACGGUCGAGGAGCUGUACGUGCGUGCCGUUGCCGUGAAGGAGGAACGCGAUGCGAAGGAGAACAAGCGCAACGAUCAAGAUUUGCUGGAACUGUUGCGCAACUCGCUGACGGAGUUGACGAGCGCGAUCUCGCUGCACGAAGUGUCGCUGGCGCAACCGAAACGCUUCCUCCCGGUGUCGGCCAAGUUCGAGAUACACAAGGACAUUGCCUCGACGCUGAACGUGAGCCGGACCGUGGUGCAGUUUUGCAAGAUACAUCGGUUGGUGGAGUCGCUGGUGCUGCUGCUCGAUCUGCCCAUCACACCGCCGGCACUGUGUGAGCUGUGCUACAAUCUGGUUGCGUGCAUGCUGAAGAGCGUACCGAAGCUGCGCUACCUGGUGAACAGUCUGCCGUACACGAAUCUACUGCUACGGUGGCUGUUCCAGCGGCUACCACCGGCACUGAACGGUGGCUGCGGUGGCACGGACGGUGGUACGGUCGAGGAAAUGUCGAUCGCGGAACUGUCCCGUCCGCAGCUGUUGGGUGUGGAGCUGGUGUACAAGCUGCAGGCGCUUUACCAUCUGGACGCAAUCACCAGCACGAGCGUGGUGCUGCGUGCCAGUGACACGCCACCGUCCGCUGGCAGAAAGCACGAUGAGCUGGAGGAGGAACGGGACCGGUUGGUGGAGCAUCUGCACGCCCUGUACGAACUAGCGUGCGGGGCCGGCCGGCGGUUCGUGGUGGAGGUACUCUCGAUGGACGAUAAUUUGGCCGUACUGCUGCAGCUGAUCGAGCGCGAGCAACGUGCGUCCGUGAAGGAGGAGGGUAGCAGCGCGGCUGCCGCCACCACCAAACACAAAUCCCCCAUCAUCGGUUACUGUGUGGAUUUGGUGGACUGUACCGUGCGGCACGGUGAGGCGGUCGGCUAUCUUGCCCACCACGGUGCCGCCCUGCUCGCCCUGGUCAAACAGCACGAACAGUUCGAGCCGAGCGUUGGGGCGACCCUGCACGAGCUGGCCGUCUAUCUGAAGCCGCUCGAGCUGCACGAUCUGUUCGCGUACAUCGAGAUCGGUCCGCUGGUGGAGCUGAUGCGCCGCAGCCUCGAGUACGUGACAGCGUUCCCGGGCGAUCUCAUCACCGCGCUCCGGUUGGUCCGGCUGCUCGGCAUACCGCCGUACGAUGAUUACGAGCAGCCGGGCGGGCACGCCGAGUUCAAGUACAAGUACACGCUGCUACAGUUUUACUCGGCCGACGGGCAGGUGCUGCUGCUGACCAUACUCGACAAACUGACGCAUCACUUCGACCAGCCCGCGAUACACACGUCCAGCCUGGCGAGCCAGCAGGGCGUCCUGCUUACCGAGCUGCUCUGCCCGCUCGUGUACAUCCUGCGCAAGCUCGUCACCAGCCUGAUCGAGUGCCGCAACACCGAGUUCCGCGAUCUUACGCUGAUCGAGCCGCUGCUGCGCACGUACACGCUGAUGCAGUGCGUCCCGGUAACCUCGGCAGCCGGACCGGACGCGCGCCAGGUGCAACGGGAAACGGUCCGCAUACUGCUCGCCUACACGCAACCCACCCCACCGGAAGGGCUCGACACGAACAACGUGCACAAAAGCCUGUGGACGCAGAUGGUCGGCGAGCUGGUGCGGUUUACCCUCGCCGGCCCGAACUACUUUCUGCCCGGGUUGCUGGUGCUGUCGGAGUUGUUGCCACUGCCGCUACCGAUCCACUGCCGGCAACCCCUGCUCCAGACCGAACUCAGCCGGCUCAUCCAGGAGCGGCAGCUCUGGUCCGCUCACCUUCACCCGCAGAGUCCGGCCAUCGGCGAACUCAUUCAAACGCUCUGCACCUCCAGCUACACGCCGAUGUUGGCCGUGCUGAGUCGCGUCUGCCUGCAGCUGUCCGAUCUCGCACCGAACAUGACGCUGCUAGUUUCGAAAUCGUUGACCGAUCUUAUCGUGCAGGAACCGCUGCUACCGGGCGGGCUGGCCAGCACGAGCCAUGCCCGGUUGGUAAGCUUCCUGGCGACGCUCGUGUGCCACGCGUCGGUGAAGAUAUCCGUGCUGUCGAUACUGCCGGGGCGCAUCAUGGACAUACUGAUGGGUGUGUUGCUGAACGCGGGCCAAACGCCGGCCCACCAGCAAACGCAACAGCACAUCUACCUAACGUUCCAGAGCCUGUUCGAUGCGGAGAUUGCGCUGAUGUUUGGUGACACCAUCGAUCCGGCGCUGCAGCUCGCCUGCUCCCUGCCACCGAAGGACAUCGUCGAAACGUUCUGUGCCGCGUGUGCGGCAAACGUUUCCUGCGUGGACGUUGGGCUCGGUGUGCUGACCGCUGCACUGCGCACCAUGUUGCUGCUAACCGAGCACGACACCACCUUCGUCGUACUGAUGUCCAACCUGAUGCGCAAGCGGGAGGGAUGGUGUGCCGCGUUGAACAAAUUUGUGCGCAAAGCGAAGGAAAGCCCGAACACGUGCCGGGUACUGUUCACACUGUUGGCUGACUUCUGGCGCUCGCUCGUGUCGCUUGAGCACGACGGGUGUGUGAAUCUGCCGCGGCGCACCAUUAAGGUCCCGCUGGAACAGCUCGGUCAGCUGAUGCCGCUGUACGCGGACGGUGCGGAGGACGGGCUGCUGCUGCUGCAAAUGCAGUCCUGUAUCGAGCAGCUGAUUGCACUGUUUGAAAGCGAUGCCCCGAAGCAGGAACCUACGGUGGCGGCAGAACCGACCGAUGGUGCAUCAAUGAUGGACGCCGGCGGUGAACCGGAGCCGAGCACCUCAUCCGCUCCAUCCACCACGGACAGUUUGCGGGAUCAUCUUACCUUCCUCCAGCAGCAGGUACAGAUCGCACUGGCCGUCGUCAAAUCGGACCCGUCCAGCAAGCAGUCAGCCGCGACGCCGCCACCGCUGCCCGACUGGAGCGCGGUUACGGUCGAUCCGUUGCCACAGGCGGAAGGGAUCGUGACACAGUACGGUUCGCGCAGCGUUUACCUGCUGACCGAGGACUGCGAGGAACAGCUAAAGGCUACCGAUUGGUUCGGUUUCACACCGUGCGAUGACGACCUGGAACGGGAGCAGAUCCCGUGCGAUCUGCAGGAUUUGGCGAAGGUUUGCCUCGCCGGGGACACGAACCUGACGGCGGACUGUAAACGGUUGCUGCAUCUGUCCGCGUCGCCCCAUUCCAACCGGGACCGGCUGACGACGGCACCCUGCUUCCGGACGCGCCGCGUCGAGGUCGAACCGAGUACGGGCCGGCCGGAGAAGAAAAUAUUCGCAACACCAUUGCGCGGUCGUGGAUUUUCGCGUGCACCCACCACCCGUGGCGAUCUGUUCCGGUCGCGGCCACCGAACACUUCCCGGCCACCCUCCCUGCACGUGGACGAUUUUCUUGCGCUGGAAACGUGCGGCGCACAGCCAACGGGGCCGACCGGGUAUAAUAAGCUGUCGCGCGAUAUUAUCACGAUACGCGGCACGAACCGUAGCCGCGGGCGCAACUUCCCCGACCGGGGCGCCCGUGCCGGUGGUUCCGGUGGCAGCUCGAAUGGGAGCGGUGGUGGUGGUGGUUCCGGUGGCAGCAGCGGUCACUGGGCAAGCGCGUCCGGCGGUAACGGUGGCAAUGUUGGGGGUGGCAAUGUUGGCAGCGGUGGUGGAGCCGGUCCCAGCUGUUGGUCCUCUUCGUCCGGAUCGUCCCAGAUGCAUGAUGGUGGUGGUGUCGGCGGUGGUGGUGGCGGUAGCGGCAGUGGUGGACCGGGCGGCAGCAAACACUUUGGCCACGGAUUGUCCGGUGGAGGUGUUGGGUCGAUCGGUGCUGGGGGUGGUGGUGGUGGAAGCAGCGGUGGCCACUAUCGCGAUCCACCCAGCCAUUUUGGCGGUUCGCAACGAUCCCGCUCCGGGCGUGGAUUUAACCGGUACAGUGUGCGGGUGUACGGACGCCAAAUUUAAAGGACCACCGUUACGAUACCGCGGACAUUGUUGAGCUUAUCUCUUCACCGUGUUGUGUGUGUGUGUGCGGUUAGGCAAGGAAGAUAGUUAAGAACUGGAAUGGCGCGUUGCGAGAUCAAACUGUAGGAAAGUGGUUAAGGACAGUGGAGGCGAUUCAUAGUGAGAUUUGCUAGCAGGUUUUAAUUUUUUUAACUUUUUCAAACUGUAUCAUGUGUAUAGAAGCAAUUAUUAGAAAAUGUCCCUUUUGUAUACCUUGUAAAAUUGGAAAAUUGUUUAACAUUUGAAUUGCUCACCGCAAUAUCCCUUGUUUCGUGGCUUCGAAUGCCCCAGGCGCUGUAUUCUGCCCUGCAAGAGGAAGGCUUUACUAGCGUCGCUAAGUGUGAUCCCAUCAGCGGAACAUGUCUGUCCAUUGGUGUUUGGAAGUGCAGAUUUCUCAGACUGCUAGCUGCGACCACGAUACCGUACCUUAGUGUAGUAAGCAAUUAUUGUUAGGAGACCUUAAUUCUUCUGAGUUAGAAGGAUCGGCUUGUUUGUCGACCUGACGACGAAGAGUUUAUCGUUCUCGACCUCUACACCUCAAGUGGGAAGUGCAUUCCUCUUACGGGCGAACCGUUCGAAAGCCUCGGAUCGCGUUCAACCCUGGAUGGAUUGCCCCCAUUGCUUUAUAUUAGUUGUUAAGCUUGUUAGCCGAUUCUUCUCUUACUCUCUCUCUCUCACUCGGCAUAAAUGUGUAACACUUUCUCGAACAAUAACUAACCGUCAAACAUUUGGCUACAAGUAACAAACAUUCUUUCUUUUUCUGAUCCAUAUUUUGCUCAUAUACCCCGCGGUAGGAUGGUAUUGGGGACCUCCAAUUUUUUUAUUUGUUGCAUGCUCUGCUUACUAAUGCUUCUUUUCUUUUUUAAACUCUUUUUAACAUUUUUCUUUCUUUAAUCUUAGUAACUAGUGUUAGUGUUAGAGGGCAACGGCUCACCAACAUGUGAGCGGUGAGGUCUCCCCCCGGUAGCUUCGAGAUCGAAGUGGUCGAAGAGUGCGUAAUGCUACUCGCUUGGAAAUCGAAGAGCGCGCUCAGAGCGCAGGCGAGGCCUCCCGGUAGCUCCCGAGCUACCCACCCAACACCGUAACCAGAUCCUUCUGUUUGUCUUUAAGUGUACGCAACAGGCAGGCUAGACGUUAAGGGCAUAAGGUCUAAGUAAAGUCAGCGGGCUAUCUAUAUAGCACCUGAUGUAGAGGGGUGAAUCGUUGCUCCUAAGAAAAGAAGCACACCAGCUUUUUUGAGGUUGUAGGAUGUAUUUCUGAAACCUCCUUAAGGCUAAUACAAUCCCAAACCAUUGUGAUUGUAUUGGUGUGCUUUUUUAUUCUUCUAACUUGCUACUAAAUGUUCUACUGUAAUUAAUAAUAAUAUAUGUAUGUAUGUAUGCGUGUACUCUUUACCCCAAAUUUCUAUUGGCCCACUACUAACCUCCGAAAUUAUCUGUUCCGUUUUAUUCUUUCACUAACUGCUGUUAAAUAAUUGUAACCUCCGUACCAUAGUAAACGAACAUUCGUUUGAAGCGUGGGUGUGUGUGUGUGUCUCUCUUUGAGACACACACACAAUGAACCAAAUCGUAAAGGUGAAAUAUUGCUGCUUGAUAUUUGGACUCAAUCUGUACAGCCUGCAGAGUCAUGAAUUCAUAAAGCAAUCUUAAUGUGUAAGGUACUUUAAACGAUAGUUUAACAUUAACUUAAUACUUAACCUAGCUUAAGUUGUUGCGAGGAAGUGGAAUGAUCAAACUUUGAUGUAUCUCUUCGUUAUCUAGCAACUCUUCAAAUUAUGCUUUGGAAAUGAAAGGUACAUAAAAUUCGCUAUACCCGGUUUGACUCAAUUGUACAGCCUUGAGUCAAUUAAAGAAACCGUAUGUGCGAUUUAGAUCUAAAUAAUUUAAGCGUUCUUAAGAUUUCUUCUUAUCUGCUUCUUCUUUUUUUCUUCCUCUAUUAGUUUAUAAUUUCUUCGUGCUACGAAGUCCUUGAUAUUGUGCCCUUAAAGAAUAGUUAGACUUCAAACGGUAAACUUUUUGUUUUUUUUUUUUGUUUUUUUUUUUUUGAAGAUUUCCCUGGCUCGUUUGUACAGUUGCGAGUCAUGGGAACAUACAAUGAUGUACAGAUUUUAGCAUUAAUCGGUUUGUUAGUGGCGUAGUUGAGAGAUCAACUACCCCUAGGGGACCUCAGCAGACUCAGACAGACAGUUGCAUUCGUUACUUUGCUGUGUUGGCUUAAUUUCUGUACUUCAGAGUUAGUUGUGCCUCACAGCAGUACGAAUUUAGUAUUUAGUGUUGUCAUAGAUGUACACUUUGAUUUGUGCUUUACGAACCUACUUUUAAGACAUCCUGUGCAGCAUAGUUUCGUGACGAAACACACAGUUUUAUCACUUUCGAUGACCACAAUCACCUUUUGCGUGUUAGCCAGUAUCCAGUGGUCGCGGGCUAUAGCUGCUCGUUAAAAUCGGCAUCCUUUCGCACAGGUGUACUGACUGUUUCGGGCUAGGAGGUAAAGCUAGUAACCAUACCGUUGGUCCAUACUUGGGGUAAAUUUUGAAGCUAAAAUCAAAGAGAAACGCGACUCCAUCGGAAGAGACUUUACUGUACACAACUCGAGCACAAAACUUGAUAUCCACACCAUCUGAAGAGUAAUUUAAAUAGUAUCCGCAAAAUUCGCCAAGUCAAACUAAUGAAACUCAGCCCACCACUGUCCCAAAGACUUACUGAUACAGUACAGACAGGCAAACAGUUAAGCGCGCGCACACUAGCACAUGUGAAGAAUAUGGCAACAAUCCCAAGAACGUUACCGCGUAUCCAGUAUCGGAGCAAGGUCCUUCUAGUGUUAAGAUUAAGGACUACUGUCUCCUAUACUAUAAAUAUUAACAUAUGCAAAUAAGUAUUACAACGUCCCAAUUGGCUUGAGCUGCAGUGUCCAACUACAGUAUGAAUGAGCGACAUCUCAUUCGAUUCGAAGCUUUUAGUUCUCCUACCUAUAAUCUCUUCAGAAGGCGGAUCAACCUAGAAGCGGACGGAGUGAUCGCCUGGUGGGGGACCUCGUCGACCAGGGGAAAUCCCUGUUGGUUUUACUCACAAACGGUCGGUUACAGUAAGCAGGGCUUCAACUGCCAUACCGCUCGAGGUCUCCAAAGACCUUGAUCCGUCACUGAACCUCUUCCCUUAACUUUCUUGAAUCCUUAUUAGUCCUUCAGAAUUGCACGCGCAGCACUCUCGUCUGGUGGCUGCAGCUGAUCUCCCUUUAAACUCUCUUCCAUCCCGGUUCCCUCACCCCUCUUCAGCAGCUUCGUUUGCUCCUCUCCCAUCCAAUAUCCUUUAGAUUAUCAAGAAAACAAAAAUAACCUAACUAUCCUAAAAUCGCUAAAUCGAGCUCUUUCGAGUGAGCAUGUCGCUGAUGUCUAUCUCCAGACAGGCUGACAAAUUGGUUUAGAAAAAAAAUACCAUUUGGGAGUUGAACAACCCGCUCAUAAAGCAUGAAUCUCAAACUCGAUAUUGUCAACAAAAAAAAAAAAAAUUACUGUCAGUUUUGUAUGAAAAUGCAUGAAAAACCCCCCGAACAGUUUGCAGCAAAAUUGACGUCCCAGGAAAAGCGGCUUUUUGAAACUAACAAAAAAAUAUUUAUUAAAUUUUCUAAAGUUUAAAUAUUGCGCUACACAACCAUAUAAAACAUUUGAACUAUUGCGUAUCCAAUAAAGGAUGAAACGCUAGAUGUAUUUAAGUAAGUGCGUAAAGUAUGCAUACACCUUUCGAAAGUUGGUAAAACAUUCAAGAAAAAAUCAACCAGGCAAAGAUAAUCGAAACAAAAUUCUCCCAUUUUUUGGAUAAAUUUGAUAAAAUCGAACUUUAUUAAAAA